GAAAGCAUCAAUAAGUUUAAAUUCAUGGAUAUUGUAUAAUCUACCGUUGGUGGACAGACAGGCACGGCAGCACAACAACUCUUGCCUAGAGCCGGAUUGGCUUGGAUUUUCCGGCGAUCAACAUGACUACAAUUAAGCUGGAGUUAGACGCUGAGGAGCCGCAGGCGUGCCGUAUCUGCCUAGUUACGGACGUGAAAUUGUUCGGGAUCUACGAACAACGUUUGGAUACAGCUUUCCUGGAUAUUACGGGAACGACGCUAUCAGCGGGUGACGGGCUGCCGCGACUGCUGUGUGCGGAGUGCGCGUCGGGUCUCCGCCGGAGUCUCGACCUGCGGCUGCGGAGUCGCCGCGCGCACGACAUACUCGCACAGUGUCUCGCUGAACAGCAUUACAUCACUACAGACUACAUCCGCGGGCUAGACCGGGUGUCUCUCUGCCUACUACCUGCGGAGGAUAAGGAAGAGGUAGAGGAGCCCUGCGCGCCGGAGCCUUACCAGCCCAGCCUUCAGGACUACCUCGACGACGAUAUCUCUAAUGACAGCUCCCAACUUCUGUCAACAUUCUGCACUCGUAACCUGCGCCCCCUGGCGGACGUGAAAAACGACGGCUACAUAGAACUCCCGGUCGUCGGCGAGAUGGUGGAACUGGAUGAAAAACUGGGGGAGAUGAAACCGGUGGGGAUUAAGAGGGAGCGAGGGGUGAAAAGGAAAAAGGAGAAGGUUAAAAAGGAGAAGAAAAAAGGGAAAAGUAGUAAAAAACGGAAGUCAAUAGAAGAGGAACCAGAAGUGAAAGAAGAAAAGCCGGGCGUGGAAUGGGUGGCCAAGAAGAAGACCCCCUACAAGCGAAAAAAGAAGGGCUUCAAGCGGUACUUUAUGUGCGAAGAGGAUUACGCCAAGUUCGAGGAGCGGUACAAUAUACAGGUGGUCCGCCUAUCAGAAGAGGAACAGUUGCGCGAAAUGGCGGCACGCAAGGAGUCUGAAAAUUAUCAGCACGCGCUCGUCCGCUGCGAAAAGUGUUACAAGGGGUUCCUGUCUAUGUUCACCUAUGAGAACCAUAUCAAAGUGCAUGAUCCGGCUCUGGGUCCCAACGAGUGCCACUUUUGUUUCUGCCGCUUCAAGUGGCCGAACAAACUACGAACACAUCUCAUCGAAUGCCACCAGCUCAAAUACGUUUGCAAGGAGUGCAAGCUGGUGAUCCGCGGGCGCUACAUGGCGGUGAUGCAUGCGCAGUUCCACGCUGGAAAGACCUGGGAGUGCAGACACUGCCCCCUCACCUUCAAAAAACAAUCAACAUUCUACACACACUUACGAAUAAACCACUCGACCCAGAACGCGUUAGGAGGCACCUGCGACAUCUGUGGAGAGACUUUCACGGGCGCCAUGGGACUACGUAUGCACAAGACUCAGACACACAAUAAGAAAGAAAUAAAGGCGCUGAAAUGUACAAUAUGCAAGAUACAGUUUGAGAACAAGGAAGCACUCGAUCGACACUUUCAGCCCCACAACGACUGUGAUCCGAAGUUGCGGUUCUGCGAGACUUGCGGGUGCUCGUUCGCUGACGAGGACCAGCUCAGUCUUCACCGGCAGCGCGUGCACGGCGUAGAAAUUUACAAGUGUGACGAUUGCAACAAAUCAUUUUUAUCAAAGUCCUCACUAUCAACUCACAUCGACCGCGUGCAUCUGAACAUAAAGCCUCGCUUCCGGUUCUACAACUAUAAGAAGAGCGCGCGGCCCGGCGUCAAGCUCGAUUACAUGUGCGAGACUUGCGGGAAAGCCUACACGUGUUUCGCGCUCCUGAAGACGCAUCAGAUGACCCACACAGGCGAGCGGCCGUUCAAAUGCUCGCUCUGUCCGAAGAGCUUCAUCACCGCCUCACAGCUUAAGGGACACCGAGACAGCUUCCACGCGCGUAUAAGGAAGUACCGUUGCCCGCAGUGCCCCAAAACGUUCCUUAGACAGUCUUCCAUCUAUAAACAUCGCCUGAUACACACGGGUGAAAAACCAUACGAGUGCAGCAUAUGCAGCAAAGCGUUCACACAAUCGGGCUCUCUCACCACGCACGUCAAAUACGUGCAUAUGAAGCUCAAGCCGCCGCCGCGGAAGAGGAACAAGAUCGACAAGGCGUAUUAGAUGUAAUAUAUUAUUUAUUUAUUUAUUAGAAA